GCCGCCAAAAGGCCACCCAAUUCCACAGGAGUCCUUUUUAAAUAUGUUAAAAGGCGAUGAGCCAUCAGACUCAACGUCAGGGUCUGACACCCUUAUAAUAGAUAGUAGCCCACUGUCUGAUCAUGGCGAGAAAAUCCCAGCGCUGAAUCCAUCACCUGACGGGGGACAUGCAAGAGGCCGCAACACCGUUGGCCCACCACCCUAUGGCUCUACCAAAGGAGGCACCAUUGGUCCAUCACCCUACGGAGGCAAUACAGCCAUCCCAUCACCAUAUGGCCUCAACACCUCUGGUCCAUCACUCUACAGAGGCCAUACAGCCAGCCCAUCUCCAUAUGGCUUCAACACCUCUGGUCCAUCUCCCUACGGAGGCCAUGCACCCAGCCCAUCACCGUAUGGCCUCAGCACCUCUGGUCCAUCUCCCUACGGAGGCCAUACACCCAGCCCAUCACCGUAUGGCCUCAGCACCUCUGGUCCAUCUCCCUACGGAGGCCAUACACCCAGCCCACCACCGUAUUGGCCUCAGCACCUCUGGUCCAUUUCCCUACGGAGGCCAUACACCCAGCCCACCACCGUAUGGCCUCGACACCCCUGGUUCAUCACUCUAUGGAGGCCAUACACCCAGCCCAUCACUGUAUGACCUCAGCACCUCUGGUCCAUCACCUGAUGUAGGCCAUGCAGCUGGCCCAUCACCAUAUGGCCUCAACACCUCUGGUCCUUCACCCGGCGGAGGCCAUGCAGCUGGCCCGCCAGCUAGUGGGGUCAAUCCACCUGGCAGCGGAAAAGCAGCUCGCCUGGCACCGGACAGAUACAGCAGCUCAUCUGACGAGGGCAACAUCCCAUAUGGACAGCAGCCAGAAAAUGCAUGGACACCAUGUGAUGGAUGUAAGGGGGAGGUCGAAAGAAUGCUACGUGAAAAGAGAAGGAUUGAUGAAGGCAUCUCGAGAAUAGGCAAGUAA